AAAACAGCCCUUCUCUGUCUGCUGUAGAGGGACGGGGAGCUUGGCUUGUGCCCAAGACGCAUGCAUGACGACGGAGCUGGAAGGUGUGGGACGCGCACGGAGCACUGCCUUUUGAGACCGGGCAGAAGCAUAACAACAACAAAUGAAAUAGAUCCGGUGCUCGUUAUCACUCGUUAUCCGCAACUCGGCAUCUUCUCUUUCCACCCGGAAAUAUUCCCUGUAACGAGUAAAUAUUUGUCGCCUGCACAGCUUCCACAGCGGACACUACUUUAUAUACUCCCUUUGUUCUCCUGGACAACUUUGCUUGCCCUCCCAUCUCAUCUCACAUCCACAUCCACAACACAAACAGCCAUGUACGGUCAACAGAACAACUACGGCACUCCUCCUCCCCAACAGUGGGGGCAAGCGCCUCCCCAAGGCUAUCAGCCGGGGUAUCAGAACGGUCCUCCAGCUGCCACCUACGGCGCUCAUCCAUCUCAGCAACAACAAUGGGGCGCGCCUCCUGGUCCUCCCCAGCAUCAACCUUACGGUGCCCCUCCUGCCAACCAGUACGGUGCUCCUCCUCAGCACCAGCAAGGAUAUGGUGGCCACUCGCCUCAGCCGCCUUUUGGUGCGCCCUCUCCAGCUCCCGCGGGAUAUGGGGUUCCCCCUAUUGCUCCUCCUCAAGGACAAUACGGUGCAUCCUCCCCUUAUCCUCAACAGCCACCGCAGCAAGGAUUCGGAGGUCCUCAACAAGGUUAUGGAAGUCAGCCUCAGGGCCAGGGUCCGAUGAUGUACUUGGGUGUACCCAUCCCUGCGCCGCCGCCAGCCGUGCCUGUGAGCACUUUGGCUGGGUAUGAUGCUCGAUUUGAUGCAGAAAGGAUCAGGAAGGCCACCAAGGGCUUUGGUACAGAUGAGAGGACGAUUAUCGACACGCUGUCGCCUCUGGAUGCGUUCCAAAUGGAUGUAUUGUCAAGGACAUACGAGCAGACUGUCGGUAGGUCUCUCAAGACCACUUUGGAAAAGGAACUUUCAAGCUGGCUCGAAUACACCCUUGUCCUCCUUUCGCUCGGUCCUCUUGGCGGAGAUGUCUAUCUUCUUCACCGCGCGUGCAAGGGCAUGGGUACCCAUGAAGACUUGCUCAAUGAAGUUCUUCUCGGUAGGACCAACCAAGAAAUUUUCCUUCUCAAGGAAGCGUACAGAAGAACGUACAACAAGGACUUGGUUCAAAUCGUUCAGGGGGAGCUGUCUAUGAAGACGGAGAGGAUGUUCAACAUGGCCUUAUCAGGACAAAGAGACGAGUCACCGUACCUCAAUCACCAACUUGUCCAGCAAGACGUGGAAACUCUGUAUCGAGCUGGACCGGGCAAGAUCGGCACUGACGAAAUUGCCAUCUGCGGCAUUUUGAUCUCUCGAUCCAAAGAGCAUCUAAAAGCUAUUGCUCAAGCAUUCCCCGCUCGUCAUCGAGUUUCUCUUUCUCAAAUGAUUAAAUCAGAAUUCUCUGGCCAUAUGUGUGAUGCACUGUUCUUCAUUGCUCGGGGUGUCGAAGCGGAUGGCGACGGUGUCGUCCGUGACUGUGAAUUACUCCAUGCUGCAAUGGCCGGUAUGGGUACAAAGGAUGAAAGGAUGAUUUACCGCCUUGUCCGUAAUCACUGGAACCGCGCUCGUUUCAAUGCCAUCAAGAACCAAUACCAGGUACUGUAUCGCAAUUCGCUUAGAAGGGCGGUGGAGGGCGAGACCACCGGAAAGUACGAGAAGGCGCUGGUGGGGAUCAUCGAGCAAAACUAAUAGAGGGGUGUUUUGCGUUCUGAGAAUCGCUUUUGGUCCAAGUGAUGGUAUUACCUGAUGAUUAGUAUGACGAUCGUCGAAAUCUAUAGUUUGAUACCCCAGAAUACACAAGAGUCGUGAUGCACUGCAUGUUAAUAC